GGACAUUGAGAGGAGUCUACAGAAGUGUAAAGACCCUUCUAGACCCACCAUGGCCUGUGGGUGUGCCUAAGUGGUGUUCUAAAGGUUGGAUGUGACUUCCGCUAAGGGGAAACUCUGCCGAAAUUUCGUGGACGCCGACACUUGUGAAAAUAUCGAGGGAGUUGAGUGUGGACAGCAAAGGGGAGCUGAAAUUCGUCAUUUCUCAAGGAGGAGAUGAAUGAGAGAGGAGGAGAUGCUAAUGGAAGAGGAGCUGUAGCUGAGAAGGCAAGUGAGCCGCCGCCAUCAAAAGUUGAAGCUUUGGAUGGCUCCAACUAUGAGGAAUGGAGCGGACGGAUGAGGAGUGCCUUCAAACGCUACAAGCUACUGAAGAUUGCUGUUGGGGAAGAGAAGAUGCCGGAAGAAGGCGAAGCACGUGAACGGUGGAUUGAGAAAAGCGCGGUGCUUUUCGACCUCAUCCUUCAAUCGGUCAACAAGGAGAUGUUCGAGCACAUCAAGGAUCUUGUGGAAGCGGAUGAUGCGGCAGCAACGGCAGCAGUGGCAAAGGCAACAGCAGGAGGAGAUGCAACUGCACCAACUGAUGGGGUGCUGGAAGCAGUCAAGAAAGUGCAGAAGCAGCAGACACAUGGUGAGGUGCUUGCUGGUGUGGAUGCGAGUGCGGCAUGGGCUAAGGCUUCAUCAAAGAGUGGAGAGGCCGAUUGGGAGACAUGGCAUGAGAGGCUGUGUCAUGUGAACUUCCCUAUGCUACAGAAGUUGGUGAAGGAUGGGAGCCUGAAGGGCUUGGAGGUGAAAGGGGAAGUGAAGGAGAUUGGGAGCUGCCCUACAUGCUUGGAGACCAAGUUCUCCAAGUUCCCCUUCAACAGUGCAACUGGACCAGCCAAGACCCCACUUGCACUUGUGCACAUGGAUGUGGUGGGGCCCACAAGAGCCCCUUCCCUCUCAGGCAGCCGCUAUUUCUUGACAAUUAGCUACGUCUGUCACACCAGGAGUCUGAGCAACAUACAGUAACCGGCAUGUGAAGAUGCUGAGAGGAACAAGCUUGUCCCUCCUCAAAGCUUCGCCCACGACAUGCUGCUUUCCCAGACCCGCCUCCCGCUUCCCGCCGCUGAAAGCGGCUUGCUGCGACGCUUGCCGCUUACCGCUUCAGAAAUUCCCGCUUCCGCUGCAUCUCGCCAUUUUCCUCUCAGCUUCCCCUUACUUCCGGGCUUCUCCAAGGUUCCCGGGCGGAAGCUGUGAAGGAGCCGUCGCUGCAAGGGCAGAGCCGACGCUGAAAUGAAAUGGACCCGACGCUGAAAGGUGUUGGUGAGGAAGAAGCCUAUGGCUUAGAGUGGAAAGGCAUGAAAUGUAGUUGCGGCAUACACGGAUUUAGCACUUCGUGAACACGAGUUGAUGCAAAAUCGUUGAACCUUUAUUUGCAUGAUGUCAGAACCAUAUUCUCAGCGUCCCAUGCGUUGGUUGUUAACUCCAGACGUAGCAUUCAUUAUUGGGGU